AUGGCCCCGUCAGCUACCGCCGAGAAUGCCUCAAGCGAGGGCUGCAAGCCCAAGCACAUUGAAGACCGCCUGUUUAUCAAUGGCGAAUUCGCGCCAUCGAUCUCCGGCAAGAAGUUCGACGUCUUCAACCCAGCCACAGAGAAGCUGGCAGCGUCAGUAUACGAAGCUGGAGCCGAGGAUGUCGACGCGGCAGUCAAGGCUGCGAAGGAGGCAUUUCCAGCCUGGUCUGCCCUCUCCGCUGCCGAGCGAGGCGGAUAUCUGAACAAACUGGCCGACGCGAUCGAAAAGCACAUCGAUGAGAUCGGUUAUCUCGAAGCCAUCAGCAUGGGCAAACCAUAUGUGGGCGACUUCUUUUCUCUCAUUAGCGUCCAAAUCCUCCGGUACUUCGCCAGCAAAGCGCUCGACGUGUCGGGCGACUCAUCGUUGAACUCGACCAACAUGGUGAACAUGACCUUCCGCCAGCCCUUCGGGGUCUGCGGCGCCAUUAUCCCCUGGAACGGGCCUCUCCUGAUGCUCAUCAACAAAGUCGGCCCGGCCCUCGCCACGGGCAAUACUCUGGUCCUUAAAUCGUCUGAGAAAUCACCUCUCUCGGCGCUCGUCGUGGGCCGACUCGCCCAGGAAAUCGAUCUGCCAAAAGGGGUCUUGAACAUCCUCAGCGGCUAUGGCCGGCCGUGCGGCGAAGCAAUUGCGAAACACAUGGAGAUCCGCAAAGUCUCGUUCACCGGCUCCGUGACCGCCGGCCGAGCGGUGAAGAAGGCCGCCGCCGAAUCCAACCUGAAGAACGUGACGUUGGAACUCGGCGGGAAGAGCCCGCUGAUCGUGUUCGACGACGCCGAUCUUGCAAAGGCCGUGCCCGCCGCUGCGUUCUCGAUCCUGGCCAACUCCGGUCAGGCCUGUAUCGCCAGUUCGAGAGUCUACGUGCACAACGACAUCGCCGACAGAUUCCUCGAGGCCAUGAAGUCGGCCAUGCUGCAGAUGGGCGUGUCAGGCGACCCGCUCGUCGCGGGCACCAGACGCGGUCCACAGGCCGACAAGAUCCAGUUCGAUCGCGUCAUGUCCUAUCUCAAUUACGCCAGGGAGAACGGCCUGGAUAUCCCUAUCGGGGGCAGCAGAGAAGGUGAGACGGGGUACUACGUCCAGCCGACCAUCAUUGCCAACGCGCCGGAAGACUCCAACGUGAUGAGGGAGGAGAUAUUUGGACCGGUGGUCUGCGUCAACACAUUCACCGAUGAGCACGAGGUGCUGAACCGCGCCAAUGAUACCGAGUACGGUCUGUAUGCGAGUCUCUUCACCAAGGAUAUCUCUCGGGCUUUGAGAGUCGCCAAGGCGCUCGAGGCUGGUGCUGUCGGUGUCAAUUGUACUAGUCCUACCAUGGCGAUUGACUUGCCCUUUGGCGGCUGGAAGCAGAGUGGUGAUGGGAGAGAAUUGAGCAAGUAUGCGACUGACUACUGGACCGAGCUGAAGAGUGUGUUGAUCUCGUUGUAA